AUGGCCUCGACGAGGGAUCUCGCCAUAGUGUCCCUCUCGGCCGCCGCGGGAGCCGUAGCCGCUGUGGCCGCGCAGCGCUUCCUGUCCUCCUACAGGGCAACCAAUGCCCAGCCGCCCCCGCCGCGCGGCGAGCCACUCCCCGUGAACGGCUCCACCGCCAGGAGCCCACCAGCGCAGGACCACUACAAAAUAACCAAGAGGGAAGGGUUUAUCUCAUGGGACGACUACUUCAUGGCGAUUGCAUUCCUUUCGGCUGAGCGGUCCAAGGAUCCUAACCGGCAGGUUGGAGCAUGCUUGGUUAGCCAAGAAGGCAUUAUCCUAGGUAUUGGCUACAAUGGAUUCCCAAGAGGUUGUUCGGAUGAUAAGCUUCCUUGGGCAAAGAAAUCUGCAAGAGGGGAUCCAUUGGAGACAAAAUAUCCCUAUGUUGUUCAUGCUGAAGUUAAUGCUAUUUUAAACACAAACCAUGCUUCAGCGGCUGGACAGAAGCUAUAUGUCACCAUGUUCCCCUGCAAUGAGUGUGCUAAGAUAAUCAUCCAGUCAGGUGUAUCUGAAGUCAUCUAUUUUGUAGAGAAAAGGAUUGAUAGCUCAGAUCAUGUUUAUGUCGCUUCUCACAAAUUAUUAUCAAUGGCUGGCGUGAAGGUCAGGAAGCAUCAGCCGCAGAUGGCACAAAUACCAAUCAAGUUUGAGGAGCCAAGGAACUGAUGUAGUGAAAGAACCGUGUGCCCUUAGGUAACGGAAGAGGAAGUAUAUUUGGCUGAUGUAUUCUGACGUUUCCUUCUUUCCCCCCCUUUUAGCUAGUUUUAUCUGUGAUGUAAGUUAUCAUUUGAUAACUGCACCGAUUGCAAAACAAUUUCUGUCAGCCUCAUGGGUCUGUUGUAAACUGCACCCUGUGACGACAUCUCUAUGUGCUCAGCAUCAUGAACUAUUCUUCUGUAAACUGUAAUUGCACCCU